CGAGGACAGCAGGCCCGUCGCGGCCGGCCGCUAUAAAGGCCGCCGCCGGCCGUCCACCGACACAGUAUCGCUCACCUCACCUCUCCACUCACAUCAUGAAGCUGCUGGCGCUGCUGGUUGUCGUCGUCGCUGCCGCCGCAGUGGCCGAGGCCGACGGAGGAUAUGGCCACCAGACACACUACCCGGUCAAGACGAUCGUCAAACACCGCCGCUACCCGGUGGUGAAGCACCAGCCGUACCCGGUGGUGCGCCGCGUGCCCGUCUACAAGCCCGUCCACAAGACGGUCGUCAAGCACGUGCCCCAGCCGUACCCGGUCGUCAAACACGUGCCCGUCGUCAAGCACGUGCCCGUGGUCAAGGAGGUGCCCGUGGUGAAGCACGUGCCGGUCGUGAGGCGCGUGCCCGUGGUGCAGCACAAGUACCAUGUCAGGAAGGUGCCCGUGCACGUUCCCGUCUAUGUGCAGAAGCCCUCUUACGGCUACGGCCACCAUUAAACUUCCGGCAUCUAUAAAUUAAUCCAUUUCUCCUUCCUGCACUGCCGCGCUGUGGUCUGGUGUCUUCCGACCGCGCCCACCCACAGAAACCCUCAUCCGGCCCCUGGGCGGCGCCCUCCCGGCUCUCGGGGUGCUGCAGACCAUGUCCGCCGCACUGGAGCGUCUGUCUAUGCCGCGCUGUGUUACCGCCCAUGUGUUGUGAACUGCCUGUGUAUGCUGCGAUAGCACCCCUGUGCUGUCAAAUAUACAGUAUAUAUCGU